UGAUUUCUGUGACACUACUUGUUGCGAAAAAAGCUUUAGAUUCUUCUUUUUUAAUCUUUAUUUUUUUUGUCUUCCCUGUUGUUAGGUUAAACUGUUCGGUUUUUACAGACAUUUUCACUCAUGUUUGGAGGAUUCAAACAUUUUCGGCACGGUGUGAAUUCCACGGAGGCGUCCUCUGCACUGCAGUCAGCGGGUUGGUCGGCACUAGCUGCGGCUGCUGGAGAGAGAGAGAGGGGGACUGCGCAAAAACCACGGUCCGGAUUUGUGCCUAACUGACGUCAUGGGGAGCCACAGACCUCUUUGACAGGAUCCAGCAAAGACAAGCACCGGGGAUACAUGACCAACAUCCAGUGGGCCGGGAGAUGUCGACGACCACAUCGCUGUUUUGUGCCACACACUCGCCUGUAAACUAAAAAAAAUAAAAAGUAAAGACAGGCAGGCACGGAGAUUUCGCUUCGGCCGAUUGUGCGACUGCGGCGCACCAUGAGAGCGCCUCGCCGCUGUUAACGGCUGUUUUCUGCCUCAAAACGAGCUGCACUGUUGACCAGGGGAGAGAUAAGCAGCCAGAGAACAACAACUAAUCCCCGGGACGGUCACAUUCACGGCGGGGCUUGGACCCAACAGAAAUGGACAGGGCAGCACGAACUGGAUUAAAUGAUAGGGAAUAAAGAGACGCCGCGAACAAAGCGAGCCUGAAGUGUUAUGCCCGUUAACCCGUGUGGUCUUCAUUUGACUGGAAAUGGGAGCUUUAACAAGCAGACAAAACAUAGGCGUGGAAGAAGUGGACAUUCCGUCCAAUUCGGUGUACCGCUAUCCACCGAAAUCUGGGAGUUACUUCGCCAGCCAUUUCAUCAUGGGAGGAGAGAAGUUUGACUCCACCCAUCCGGAGGGUUACCUGUUCGGGGAGAACACAGACCUUAACUUCCUGGGGACCAGACCUGUAGCGUUCCCGUACGCAGCCCCUCCACCUCAGGAACCAGUAAAGACGUUACGAAGCCUUAUAAACAUUCGUAAGGACACACUGCGGCUCGUACGGUGCAGUGAGGACCUGAAGCUGCCGGGUGAUGAGGCGGCGGGAAAGAACAGGGCCUGCUACAACGUAGAGUUCACUUUCGACGCUGACACACAGGUGGCCAUCACCAUCUACUACCAGGCCAUAGAGGAGUUUCACAAUGGAGUGCCGGUUUACCUUCCCCAGGACAGCUCUCUGCAGUCUGAGACGGUGCACUUCAAGAGGGGAGUUUGCCAGCAGUUCUGUCUGCCCUCACACACCGUCAACCUCAGCGAAUGGGCCGACGAGGAGCUGCUGUUUGAUAUGGACAAGGAGAUUUUCCCCAUGGUGGUGCAGGCGGUUGUAGACGAGGGAGAAGAACAUUUGGGACACUCUCACAUACUGCUGGCUACAUUUGAAAAGCACAUGGACGGGAGCUACUGUGUGAAGCCUCUGAAGCAGAAACAAGUGGUGGAUGGAGUGAGUUAUCUGCUGCAGGAGAUCUAUGGGAUAGAGAACAAAUACAACAGCCAAGAAUCAAAGGUUGCUGACGAUGAGAUCAGUGACAACAGCGCCGAGUGUGUGGUGUGUUUGUCGGAUGUGCGAGACACACUCAUCCUGCCGUGCAGACACCUGUGUCUCUGUAACGCCUGUGCAGACACGCUGCGCUACCAGGCCAACUGCUGCCCCAUCUGCAGACUGCCGUUCAGAGCUCUGCUGCAGAUCCGAGCCAUGAGGAAGAAACUCAGUCCUCUGUCACCGACCAGCUUUAACCCCGUCAUCACGUCACAGACCUCAGACUCAGAGGAACACUCGGCGUCGGAGCACAUCCCCCCGGGCUACGAAGUGGUGUCUCUCUUGGAGGCGUUGAACGGACCCCUCAACACCUCCUCUGUGGCCCCCGCUCCUCUCCACUCCGGUCCCAGCCACGUCUCCGGAGCGCUUCCUCCAUAUAGCAGCGAGCCCCACCCGGCACCGGCGCGCUCCCUCUCCCCUCUAGACCACUCCAACUCCAGUCAGGGACUCAAACUCAAGAAGAGUGGUUCAAAGUCACUUUCCCAGAAUUCGUCUGUGCUUCCCGAGGAGGAGGAUGAGAAGUCUUGCAGUGAAUCGGAGGCCUGUCGCCACAAACUCGUAGUGGACCAACAGGAGUGUGGAGUGACUCCAGACAGUGAGAACCUGACUCUCUCUUCGUCUGGAGCCAUCGACCAGUCAUCCUGCACAGGAACCCCGCUCUCCUCCACCAUCACCUCCCCUGAAGACCCAGUGAGCAGCAGCCUGGCCCAGUCAGUGAUGUCCAUGGCCUCGUCCCACUCGCAGCACUCCCACAUCAGCACUGACACCAUGUCCUCCAUGUCAGGGUCCUACCUGGCCGGGGCCGAAGGCGAGCCCGGGGGGGAGGAAGGGGGAGACGACGUGGAGGGCGAGGAGAACCAGGACGCCCCCAUGGAGAGCCGAGGACCGUCGCAGCAGGACGGGGAAUUUUCCAGGGAGCCAAAGGAACAAAACUACUCAGUGGCUGUAGAGGAGCAGGACUCGGAGGGAAACGAUGUGACAGAAGAGGACUGCUCCUCCCCGUCUAAUGGGAAAGGUGGGCGGAGCAGGUGUCCAGAGUUGGCCAAUAACAAUCAGGGCGUCGCCCUCUGUGACACGCCCUCUUUGGGGUUGGAUAAUGAGCAGGCUCCCGACAGCCGAUUCGCCGGUCUGAUGUACCUCGGGGGCUACAGGCCUGUUUUGGAGCCCCUCCCCCACCACACCUCCACCAGCAAUAUCAACCUGGAGGAGCUGGGGGCAGACAACAGGGACAGCCAGAGUCCCAAACAUCCCCGCUGCGGACCACUCAUUGUGUAACACGCUCACACAAACACAUACACACUGACUUAACCUUACCCGUCCAGAGUCAGCUCUUCUUACCCUGCCAUAGUGCUGCAUCACUGGAUACUGUCCUCGCUGAACAGGGAAAACCCAUCCACACCUUUCUGAACAUCUCCUGGAUCGAUUGUUCUCGCUGGCGCUGAAACUCUUCUUGAGUGGAAAGAGGAGGGAAGAGGAACAAUCACCUCUCCAUCGCCUGUAUACUUUUAUCUCACAGAAGUUUCCGUCAUUUUUUUUUUUUUUUUUUUGUCUGUGACCUAACGUGUUGUGGGAGUGAUUAGCCUACUGCUACAUUAUUAUUUAUUACCUGUAGGUCUAACCAAUGAGAGCUGUGUAUUGUGACACUAUCUUUAGAAAUAUACAUGCUGCUCCCUUCCUUUCCUAUCCUCUCUUUUCCUUUCCUUCCCCCUCCUCUCCUCUCCUGCCCUCUCCUCUAUUACCAGCCAAACAGUCAGGGGUUACUGUGAUCGGCAAUCGGAUUUAUUACUAAUGUACUUCUUCUUCUCUGUUAUAAACUGUACGUAGAAUGAGUGGUCGGACACUAUAAGAGUCAGCUCACACCGGACUACCUUACCUUACCUUAGCGAACUAAAUUGUGCUGACUCCUCUCCUCGGAUCAGGGAGCUCCCGUCUCGACUUCGCAUGCAGCUUUCAAACUCCUGCUGAUUUUUUUUUUUCUUCUCAUUCCCGCCAUGAUUUUCAAACGUGGCAACCUCUGCUGAAUGUGAAUCUAGAAACGCUCGGACUUGUGAGGUGGCGUAUGAGCCAAGAAAUGUCAGCCUAAAUGAACAGAAAUGGGAAAAAAGAAAAAAAAAAGACACGUCACACAGAAUGUAAGAUGUGAAAGAAGGAGAAUGUACGUGACAUCUACAUCGUCACCUAAACUGGAAUUAAACACAAACUUUGAACCCUAAACUGGUUCUUUAAACACAGUCCCACCCAUGCCACCCUCUCCUUCUGCAGCUCCAUGUUAGCAUGUCAGUAUUUUCAUUGUUGCAACUGGAAAUCAACAAGUACCACCAAGCAAUAAAGAUGCCGCAGGUGCAUCUCCUCCUUCUCUCCUGCAGGAGGGCGCUCAUUCACGGUCCAAACAAUGACGAAACUGUCUUUGCACUGACCUGUUGUAUUCAAAUUCAGACAUUUCAGUGUGUGUUUCAAUGUUUUUUAUUUGAAUUUUGCCACUGUAAAGGGAUGUACUGUGAGAAAAACAGCGUACGGUGAAUUUGAAAACCUAAAUGUGAGAUUAAGGCCACACUGUCGUUUGCUGGCAUUUUGUUCAUCCUCAUACUCCCCGUAAUUAUCACCCCGACGAGCCCUUUUUCUCCACAUUUGUGAAGCUUUUAGUUGUUUCGGUUUUGUAUAACUUUAAUGUAUCGCUCACCUGUUGUUGAUGUUCUCUGUUUCUGUGUUUUUAAUUUGUUGCAAAACACUGUGUUGUUUAUUCGAAUGUGGAUGAAAAUAUGUGAAAAAUUUGUAAACGUUUACACACACGUGUGCUCACGUAACGAAUAACUGAAAAGGGACGAUAUCAACAUUUAAUGCACUAUUAGCUGUUUCCUAGACGACAAACGUUGCGGUGCAUGAGGCGAUAGUAGAGUAAGCAUGUUAGUCUAGGUCGGCCUGCACCCUCCUGUAGAAUACUUGAUGAUGGAUCACUGCACACACAUUAAUCCGUACCAUAUCCUUCUGUAGUGUUGUAUAAUCAGUUGCUGGCUCCUUAUUCCCUUGGCCGAACUGUUGAGGUCAAGACUACUGCACUACUAUAUCCAAGCUGCAAACAGUCAUGUGAUUACAGUCCGAAUGUGUAGAUGAAGCCGUUCUCUGGCACCAGUUGCAGUAUGUUAUCAAAGGAAUGGGUCCCGAAUCCGCAAGACCCCACUUUUAUAGAACUAUGAGUGAAAAUGUCAAAGAAAAUAUCAAACGGACAAUAAAGUUUUUGCAACUAAA